AUGAAGGCAAAGCGAGUGCAACUUCAAAGUCUUCGAACCGAAUUCGAGACUCUACGAAUGAAGAUUAGCGAGUCAGUGAUUGAUUUCUUUGCAAGAACAAUGAAAAUCGCCAACAAAAUGCGAAUCCAUGGAGAGAAAAUGGAGGACGUCACCAUUGUGGAAAAGAUUCUUCCAUCAAUGACACCGAAGUUUAAUUUCGUUGUAUGUUCCAUAGAAGAGUCUAAAGAUAUUAAUAAUCUUUCAAUUGAUGAGUUGCAGAGCUCUUUGCUGGUUCAUGAGCAAAAAGUUACCAAGCAAGAAAAAAGGAGCAAGUAUUGA